AUGGCAAACCAAUUUAUAGGCUUGCAUAUGCGGGUGGUGCUGAGAGACCCUCCUGGGAACGAGUUCACCGGGACAGUUGUGGAUGUUCAAGCAGGCAGCGGCCUGACCUUGACUAAUGUCUUUAUGGCAAAUACCAAACAGUGGUUCCCAACUAUACAAAUCGCUGCAGCUAACAUUGCUGAUCUGUCCGAAGUCAAGGAUCAAUCUCCUGCGUCGUAUGCGCCCGCCCCUGUCGAACCUGUCGCUGCACCUACCUUUUCACAACCGCCUGCGCAGCCUGCAUUCGUCGACCCUGCCAUCCUCAGCCUGGGAAGACCGCCCGUGUCAGCGACGCCCUCGGGAUCCGACACAAAGGCUCUUAUGCCCGAGGGGGGAAGAAUAGAAUUGCAUAAUGUUUCCGUAAACAUCAAGGCAUCUGCACCGGGACAGCCUACCUCGGACCAUGAUCUGUCAGGCUCUAUCAAAAAUCUGGCCCUCGGUGAAACUGUGCCCGAAUCUGGCAAUGGCAAGGCAGUUGAGGGUGGUGUGGCCAGAUCUGCCAAGAAGAAAAACAUCAACCGACGCUCCCGUCAAGCUAAGCAAGGAAAAGGUCAACGUGCCGAAGAGGAUGGUCUCGCUGUGGAAGGUUCACCCGCCAGUGGACGAGGAAAGGGGUGGAGGCAAACACCUAUCUUACAGAGCACGUCGUCUUUCCAGCCGUUUCACUUCUUGAAAAAGAGCACUAAAGGUCGUAAGGGUACCCUUGAUAAUGGUUGGGCGUCUGAGGAUGUCACAGAAGAAAUGGGCGAUUUUGAUUUCGAAAAUAACUUGGCGAAAUUCGACAAAGCAACUAUUUUUGACCAAAUGAGAAAAGAGGACCAAGUCGACGAUGCCAGCCGGUUAGUAUCCCACAACCGCAAGCCUAAACCUGGUACAGCUGGUGGCAAGAAUUUGCAUUACACAGAAAACGUGCUGGAUUUACCGUCAACCGCCAGGAAAGACGCAUAUUCGUGGAACAGCGAGGCGGACGAUGGGCUGAAUGAAGCAGAGAGGCUCUCGGGACGAGACGUCCGGAGCAGCCAAAGCAAUCGAAGGGCCGAUAGCAAAUCUGGACCAUCGCGGAGGUCACAGUCACGUAAAGCAAGUGCUGUUGCGAUAUCAGGCGGCCUUCCGCUGAGCCGCGUCAAUUCCGGCGUACGUGCAAGCCACCUGUCUCGCUUGUCUAUUUCUCGACCAGAAUCUCGCAGUACUAACAGCAGGCAGCAAGGUCAUCCACCCGGCUUAUACCUGGUCCCUUCGCAUAAACGUCUGGAAACCGUCUCUGCCCUGCAGAUGUUGAACCUUGAAAACAUUGCUGCAAAUGAGGUGGGACUGACAGAACAGCUCAUGGCCGAAAAUGGAGGAAGGGGUAUCGCCGAGGUGACUCUGAAGGCCCUGACGGACCCUGCCAUCAAGGUGCGGUUCGGACUUGCUGGCGCUAAUCCAUCGUCCAGCGCAACGUUGAGCAGCCCAGCGGUGGUCAUUCUAGCUGGAAACAACAAGUCCGGCAUUCGCGCCACUGCGGCUGCACGUCAUCUUCGAAAUAAGAACGUCAACGUACUUGUGUGCCUGGUGGGCAUUGAGCGAGAGAAGGAUCUGCUUGAGGACCUACGACAGCAGAUUCAACUUUAUCGAGCUUUUGGUGGCAAAAUUCUCAGCAAAACCGAUCUUUUCGAACAUUUGCGCAAGGCAUCAUCGGCAGGAUCACCUGUGUCAGUGUCUCUUAUUGUGGAUGCUCUCCUGGGCUUGACCAUUUCGUUUGAGGAAUUGCGAACGGGCGACCAGGCUGCUGUUUACGAGUUGAUGGAAUGGGCGAACCGCAACGAAGCCUUUGUGCUCUCAGUCGAUGUUCCAACUGGAAUCGACCCAACUUCUGGAAAGGUCGCAGUCAUCGAUGGCGGUCGACUUUUUGUGAAGCCACGAUAUGUUGUUGCCAUGGGAGCUCCUAAACGAGGUUUGCUUGAGGCCGUGACACCCCCAGAUGAGGACGAUCCACAGAACAUGAAUAACGCCGGGCACGAGGAAGAAUGGCGUCUCUUCAUCGCGGAUAUCGGCCUGGGCAGUGCCGUAUGGAGGAAAGCUGGAACUAAGAUUCGACGAGGCAUCGACUUUGAUGAGAAGUGGGUACUUGAGAUGAAGUAUUCAGACGGACAGCAUGAUGAAAGCGACUACGACGAUGAGUAG